AUGAGAGACCUGGCAGAGGCGCUGGCACACGCUCGUCUGCUGACCGGGGAGCGGGACGGAAGGACAGAUGUAGGCGAGCCAGUCGAUGAUUGCGACGAGCUUUCCGUAGCCCCUACCAGAAAAGCGGGAAAGAAAAAGGCACCGAGCAAGAAAUCCCUCCUCGAGAAAGCUCAACAACAUGGUCUGCAACGGCUGCAACUGCGCCUUAAAGCUUACCAGAAGGCGUCAGGAUGGGAUCCAGGCUCGUCUACGGCAACACUCGCCAACACGCUCUGUGCCCCCGAAAGCGCUCAGUACUCGACUGCCAGCGCCUCUUUGCACGCCCUGCAGGAGAUCCAUCUCGCCUUGCUCGAUGCUCCUUCUUCCUCGCGGCUCCCCCCGUCGCGGGCAACGUCGAGCUGCGCGCGUCAUGAGUCCACCACCCGUGCCGCUCCGCACUUGAGCGUACGAGAUCACGCGACCAUCGGCACGCUGCUGAGCAUCUUCAAUACCUGGUGCAUGGACUUGUUGACGGCUAGAUACGAUGCUGCGCACCACCAGCUAGUACGUGCGCAAGGUGGGAUCACCUCGGUUGCACAGACCUCCGAGCUGCGGAAUAGGCUGAACGAGGUCGGAGGUGCAGAUGAUCCAGAUACUAUCAGUCUCCGUGCGCAGGCGGAGAUUAAACUAGCACACGUGUCGGGGCUCGUGGUCCUGGUCAAAAUACAGGAGUUGCUUGAAAUGAGAAGGCGCAGCCUAGUCUCCCCCGGUGGUGCACUGCCCCCGGACAAGAGCAAUGACGGAACAUCGACUGACGGCACGGACACCCCAGAACGUCCUGCUAAGGAGGAAAAGGCGACCAAGAAGUCGUCCGGGGCGCGGGCGAUGGUCUUCUUUAUGCCAUCAACCUAUAUCGCGACCACGCUUCUCAAUACUUGCGCUGGUCACAUCCUCAAGCUUUCCUUUCGACUCGCUUACGGUAUUCGCAUGCCUGAAGAGCCCUCGACUGACAAAGUCGACUGGCACGGUCUUCCAAUGAGCGUAAUUCAAGCGAUUCUGCAGACUAUCACCACCAUCGCGUGCUUCUCCGCUUUGUCCGUCGUGACUUCUAGGAAGAGUACGAUAGACAGCACCAGCAAGAUCUCGAAGGAGCUCAGUGCUUUCAAUGAGAUCUCUGAGGCCAGACCGGUCCCAGCUCCUCCGACGCCCGGCUUUGUGUCCGCGCAGGCUACGCGCUUUCUUGCGGCGCAGCUGCUGCGCAAAGACGGCAUCCAAUCUAUGCUGAUCGUCAUGCUCAAAGGAAACCCCAACAAGGUCUCACUGAGCGCAGAGGGCGAUGUAGACUACGCCCCGUCUCAAGCGAAGCUCAAUCGCAUCUUGGGGCUUCUGCUCUCCCCGCCGAAAGGUGUGGGGAUGGACGCAUAUGCAGAUGUCGUCGUUCCGCAGCUCCUCAACAUCAUCAUGUUGUUCUCACCCCUCGACUCUGUAUCAAAGCAUUCGCCACUCUCGUCCAUUCACGGAACAACGGCGACAAUGGCGCUAGCAGCCAUCGUGGAAGUUGAGCCUGCGGCAGUCAGGCAGCUCAUCGCGAGGCGACUUUGCUUCCCUCUCGUGCCGCUCUCACCUGAUGCCAACACCAUGCCCUUCGGACAAGGCACGGCCGACGAUGGCGAAGGCGACGAGCUGCUGGUACCCUUCGAUUCUUUAUGCACUGCCGUCGGCCUGCUUCUCGCCAUUGGCACGCUCGCCGAUCCGAACCCCGACUUUCUCCACGUGACGAUCGAGCCAUACGUCGUGCCUCUGCUCAGCUUGAUCGGAUUUCUCAGGGAAAAGAACCGACCGAAAAUCGUGCCGCAUGGAGACAUGCUCGAUGCUCUUGAGCGCUCAGCGUCGGCUGUCCUGCGCACAUGGGGUCGCAUGGCCAGCAGCAACGAGCUGGUCGAGAAGCUCGGCUUUGGCCCUCGUGGCCUGUUGCGGGACAACUUGUUCGAUGUCAGCCUGCGCGGCGUGCGAGGCAGGUGGCGCUGGCGAUGGGACGAGCAGGCACAGCCAUGUGUUACUGUCCGUGAGGAUGAUGACAUCCACAGCGACAUUCGUCACCUUGUGCAAUCGCUGGAAAACUUCUCGAUCUGCCCUUCACCAGACGGCCCAGAUAUUAACCCUAGUAAAGCUGACUCCGUCGACAUCUCCAAUGGCUUCAAUGCAGAGCUGGUCGCGAUGGAUGCCCUAUUGAGCUACUUGGACAACCACGAUGCGAGACUCGAGCUCGUGGCUCAGAUUCUUGAUGAGUAUGUACAAUUGGAGCGUAUGGCCACCGAGCGGACGCCUGCAGAACUCAUGAGGAGCUUCUCGCUGCUCUGGGCUGCCAUCAAAUACCUUCAGAAUGCCGACAACGAUCUACUGACCCUGUAUCCGGAGAAGCUUCUCGCCUUCAUCGACCAUGCCAUCGACGCCGGUGAGGAGGAAACUUUUGGCGGAGAGACAAUGGUCCAUAGUGUUCCCUUCCGAGCCAGAGCGAGAGGGAAAGACGAUGAGGACAGUCGCGAUGCAAUGCGGCAAGCAGCUGAGAUUCUCAAGGGUGGCAUGCGCCCGACUGCAGUAAGCCUGCUAGCAAACUUGUUGAUGAAAAAUGAAACCAUCACCACAACAAACACUCCUUUACUCCGUUCAAUAGCCCACAAGGUCGAGAAACUUGCGAAUGGCGAAGAUGAAGUCUAUCGCAAGCCUUAUUCGACACUUCUGCUCUUCCUCGAGGCGAGAGCAAAGUUGGUUGCUGAAAGGGGUCUGACGUCCGCGCCGAUGCGAAAACUCGAAAUGUCGCCGGAAGAACGAGCUGAAGAUCAGUACAAGGAAGCGCUGCAGCUCCUGCAGGACCCCGUCGUUCCUGUCCGGGCGCAUGGCAUUGUGCUCCUGAAAGAGCUGGUCGCGACCCUCGAGGUCGGCCGCAAGGCGGACAAUGACAAGCUCAAGCUUGAUCCGAAAAGGCUACCAGCGAUCCUCAGCCUCAUGCUGCACGCCGUAAGAGAUGAUGACUCGUACGUUUACCUGAAUGCCGUCAAGGGCCUUGCGCAGUUUGGCCUUUUGAACGACACAACGAUGCUGCAACGCCUGGUAAAGCUCUACACCACAGGCCAAGAUGACGCGUCUGCAGCAGAGCCCUUCACUGCUAGCACCGUCGACAAAAGGCUCCGCAUCGGCGAGGCUCUGCAACAGAUCAUCCAGCAGCUGGGCGAGGCGCUUGCUCCAAAGCUCGCUUCCGUCGUUCCGCCAUUGAUGGCCUUCUUGCGCGACGCCCAAGUGCCGGUGCCCCUGCGCGUCUCUGCCAUCUCACUACUGGGCACGGCAGUGGAGGCAACAUCUGCGGCCAUGGCCGCAGCAGGCUAUGGCAACCAGCUCGCUUCGACUGUCCUUGAUCUACUGGAAGUCGAGGCUUCAUCAUCCGUAUCGAGCGACGAAUCGGACAAGGAGAUCACCUUACUGGAUGAUGCCCUUUCGCGCGACAGCAGGCUUCCGGAGCUCCGGCGGGCUGCAUUGCUGCUUCUGGCUUUCCUCAUUGCUGGCUCUGGCCACCAGCUUUCAACACUCCGCGAAAUCCGCGCGAAUGAUGCGGAAAUCACCAUCUCGAGCCAGCCGGAGACUCUCCAAGCAUUGCGCUUGCCCAAUGGCAGCAUUUUGCCGUCCAUCUCGUCGGUUGAGGUUGGCAAGCCUCGAAUCUCGAUGAUGGACAGCUCCUUGCCAGCCAUCCUGCUUGACCAAAGCUUGUUACCGCGCAUCAAGACGGUGUGUGCGUACGUUCAGCAAAUCGAGGUUGAUACAGUAUCGCGAACCCAGGCAGGAGAAUGCGUGGAAGAGGUGCAAGCACUCGAACUGGAAUUUGUCCAUGCUGGUGUGCUCCCUCAGGCGAGCAGAUAG